UUCCACCACUCAGCACUGCCGUUUUUUUAAUUUCUCCUCCAUGUUCGUCCUAGUGGUUCGUUCGUCCUCUCUGGAAACAUGGGUUUAAUCACAGGAGUUUGUACCUUUCUGUAUCACCUACCACAGAUUUACAAAUGGCUGCUGAAACCGUAUUAUAUAGUUUCGUUUUUCAUGACCAUCGCCUUCCUGGUGGUCAGAAAAGCCCCCGGAUUAUGCGAGCACUUGUCUUCGGAYCGYGAGGACGGCAACUCCUGCGACUUUGACUGGAGAGAACUGGAGAUACUCAUGUUCCUCAGUGCGAUAGUGAUGAUGAAGAACAGAAGAGCCAUCACCCUGGAGCAGCACAUCGGCAACCUGUUCUUGUUCAGUAAAGUGGCCAACGUCAUCCUCUUCUUCAGGCUGGACGUCCGUCUCGGCAUCCUCUACCUGGCGCUGUGUGUAGCGUUUGUCAUGACCUGUAAGGCUCCUAUUUACAUGGGCCCAGAGUACAUCAAGUACUUCAAUGACAAGACCAUCGAUGAGGAGCUGCAGAGAGACGGUCGUGUCACKUGGAUCGUCGAGUUCUACGCCAACUGGUCCUCCGAUUGUCAGUCCUUUGCUCCCAUCUUUGCUGACCUUUCUCUGAAGUACAACUGUGCUGGUCUCAGGUUUGGGAAAGUGGACAUCGGUCGAUACGGAGAGGUUUCACAAAGGUACGGCGUCAGCACGUCUCCUCUGUCGAAGCAGCUGCCCUCGCUGCUGCUGUUCCAAGGUGGGCGGGAGGUUCUGCGACGUCCAAUGGUGGACAAGAAAGGGAGAGCGGUCUCUUGGACUUUUAAUGAGGAGAACAUCAUCCGAGAGUUUAACCUCAACGAGCUUUUCCAGAAGUCCAAGAAGCUGAACAAAACUCUGGCUCCGAAGGACGAGAGCAGCUCUCGGGCACAAGAGGGCGACGAAGAGCUUCACGAGGAAAGCGAGGAAGCGAAGCAGCCGACAGAAAGCAAAAAGGAUCAGUGAAGAAGAUCACUCCCGUUUAGUUGUACAUUUUUGUAGAAAUCCAUAAUGUGACACAAAAAAAGGACAUUUUUGUCUCUUUCAGCCGCUUCUCAUCACUGCAUGUCAACCUGUGCUCACCUGUUCUGUUUACUAUCUAAGUAAAACCCAAAAUUGAAACAAACAGACGAGAGUGGCGACACGUUCAGUUUGACCUUCUUUUUUUUAUUAUUCUGAGAAGACAUCUUCUUAAAAAUUCUUGGUAAGGCCAUUUUGGAAAUGUAUUCGUUACAGAUAUCUGUGAAACUCGUUCCGUCUGAUACAGCAAAGAGUUGACCCGACACAGAAGUAUUACUACGAGCUCGUAGUUUCAGAUUGUUCAGAGAGGUCACGACCCUCGGCCAAAGCUGAAAAAAUAAAAAAACAAAAACCAGUUCUGUUUAUCGCUGUGCGACAGAUGUCUUGUGCCAUUGGGGAUGUUUCUUUUUGUCACCUGCACGUAUAAACUGGGUGGAUAUUGUCGAUGGUCACACGAAUGCACGCCUGUGAAGCAGUCAGCACGACAAAAUAAAAUAAAAA